AAUUUUAUUAUGUAUCGAUGAAAUUGUUCUAUUGUAUAUGAAAAAUCAAAGAUUAUAAGUAAAGUUCAACAUGGUAUCUCUCAUAAAUUUUUCUCGUUUUUUAAAUAUCGGAAUGCAAACAUGUUCAAAAAAAGUUGAUUCUAAUUUCUUAAUAAAACAACCAUCUAUUAUGUGCCAAACUUUAUUAAUUGCUGGGAUUCGGAAUUAUAGAAAAAUCAAAGGAGUCCCAAGAAGUAUACCAUGGAUAGACAAGAAACCGGAUUAUCAAACUGAAGUAAUAAAUACUACAAAAGAAGAUGCGAAGAUUGCUGCAGAUGUUUGUGAGCAAAUAAAUGAACAAAUUGCUGAAAACAAAACCGGACGAUUAUUUGCUAUUAUACAUCUUGCUGGUAAGCAACAUAAAAUAACAGAAAGCGAUCUUGUUGUUGUAAGAGGAUACUGGCCACCACAACCCGGUGACAAAAUUAAACUUGAAAAAGUACUACUUGUUGGUGGUACAGACUUUUCAUUGAUCGGGAGGCCAAUACUUAAUAGAGAGUUGGUUUCUAUAAAUGCGACUGUGAUUGACAAAACCUUUUCGCAGACAAUAACACACUUCAGAUUUAGAAAAAGGAAACAAUACCGCAGAAUACAUUUUUUCAGAAUACCGCAAACAAUGAUACGAAUCAACGCGAUUACAUUGAAUGGGAAAGUUAAUCGGAAGUUAGAAGUUGAAGGACUGGAUAGAGUUUAUUAAAAUGAAAUAAAUUUAUAGGUUUAAAGAAU